CCCCCUGUGACAGAGAGCAGCUGGGACAUGGAAGUGGAAGAAAGCCCUGCAGCUGGGCAGGGCAAAUUCCACACCGUCAUCAACUUUCCAUCUGACAGGCAAAAUCCACCCAGCAAGAAUGAGGAAUCACCAGCCAGCAGUUGGUGUUGCUGCUUAAGCCUCAGAAAGCCAUCCUCUGGCAGCAAACGCCAACUGCAGCGCAAUGCCAGGCAGCCCUCAGAAACAGCAGUGGUAGUCCUGGCAGGUGAAUCGGGCCCUUGCCAAACCACAAGAUCCAGGGCAAGUAGCGAGGAUGCUCUCUGUGCUUCCAUCAGUGGAGAGCUCAUAGGAAGCAUGAAUCGCUGCAGUUCCAACAGCAGCCUUACACAUGACAACAGUGAUGGAGAGAAGGAGCUCAUUCAAGUUCAUGCUCUCAUUACACCUGGCUCUGCUGAAGUUGCUGACCUGGGCCUGCCAGACACCACAGUCACAAGUGUGGUUUGUAACCAGGAGUCUCUGCAGUGCAGCCCAUCCCAAGCACAGUGUGAGUGCCCCGACAGCAGCACCUCCAUGCAGGAGCAGGUCGGCGUCAGUGAGGAGGAGCAGAGCCUCUUGCAGGGGGACUUUCAAUCAGGCCUCCAGUCCCAGGCACCGGACAGCAGCACUGAGAGCUCUGAGCCACUCUCUCCAUGACAAGACAGGAUGAGUCCCAUCGUCACCAUCGACCUCUCACUCUCCUGUCUUUUAUACAAUAAUAAAAGCACACUUGUGCUCAACCAACGCCUUGACUGCCUCCAGAGUCUUCAUUCGCACGGACUGGGAUGAAUGCAGCACACAGCAAGGCACCCCAGCUUGCAAU